AUGAAACGCGUGGAGAACGGUGAGAGCAAGCGGAGUGCCAGUUUCCCGGACGUCUCCAGCAUGCUGAAACGCCAACGAUCGGACCUGGAGCGGAAGUUGCGCAACCUGCACUUUGUGCAUUGUGUGGAGAAGGUGGAGCUCAUCGACCAGUACGACCCCGACUGUUGGGUUUGUCAGGUGAGUGACUUAUUACUUUUUACCGUUAACUCGGGCACUUUUCCGCUGCAAAAAUCUGCAAAAACCAAAAUUUUUUUAUUUUUCGAUUGUGUAGAUAAGAUAUGUAAUACCACAAAGUAUAAUCAUCUGAUUUUUUUUCAAAUUUUGUCUAUUUACUUUUCAUGGCCUACAAAUGAAUCCCUCAAAAUUUUAGUCCUCUCUCAGCAUCUACAGCGGAGAUAUUGCGCACUCUUUUUUCCCUAGAGAGAACGCAAAAUGAAGAGAGCCGGUCAGAGAAAAAGUUUUUUGGCUAAAUCUCUGCGAAUUUCGCUCAGAGACGAAUGAUUUUUUGCAGAAAUGAUAACAACCACAUUAAGCGUAGAUUGCGAAUUUUCAAGCUGAAAUAUCGCUACAGAAUUCAAUUUUUUUUUAUUUUUUUUGCCAAAUUCCGGAAUAAGAAUCUCGGAAGUUCCUGUAAACUAAAAACUUUUACAUACGUCUAAUGAGGUUGUAAACUAAAUUUGCAAAAAUCUUUCAGAAAGAAUCAAAUUUGGUCAAAGAUUUGAAGUCAACUUUGGCUGAACACCGACGGCUAGGAAUCCUGGAUGAUGAACUACAACUUUUGAACAAAGGAUACCAAAAAUGGAUCUUAUCGUUGGAAGCGGGACACAACAAUUGCUCCACGAAAGCCGUCACGAUCUCAAAUGCCAUUAAAAAAGCGUUAUUCAACAAGUCAUCCGAUUCUUUGCCGGGAAAAUUGGAAAAGGAGCCGGAAGAGAAGGAGAAAAUGAUUGUAAAUAUAUGACUGUGCUUGUUAGAGGAAUAAAAAAAAACGCUUUUCGGUGUGGUUAUUAUAUAAUACAGCCGUAAAAAUCGGCCCUGCCCGAUUGCCACCUCUAGUUGUAAUCAAACGGAAAUUUUUUAUCUCGGCGGACUGCGCCCUGAAUUGCGCCAAAAUUUUAGCGCGAAAUGGGCGAAUCGAAAGAAAUCUUGCUCCGCAAGCCGACUUCGAUCUUUAUCCUUCAUUUUCCGCCAGUUUGCGUGAUCUACAUGGCAGGAGGCUUUCUCUUUGCCUUGGUGGAGAUUAGAGGUCAAGUGCAAUAUGUUUUAUCCCUAUUUUCUGUUUUAUUCCUCGCGUUUUUCUCGGCUUUGUCAAGUAUAAUAUUCCCACGCUCUACAAAACGUCCUAUUCCUUCAUUUUAAGCGGUCAAAAUAGGUUCGCAGCAAAGCCAGCACGAGGAACAACCCACUUCUUCAGAUUCCAGGGAAAUUCCGGCGGAAGAGCUCGCUGAGAAGCAGCACCAUUGGAUUCCGAGACCAAUUGCUCGCGAGACAAAGCGUCCAAGCCAAAAGAACGUUCAGUUUGUCUUUGAGGACAGCGACCAAGGUGAGAUUUUGUUUUUUUUUGUCUGUUUUUAGUUCAACGUUGAUUCUCUUUUUGCUGAAUGAAACCUUGGCUGUAACAUUGGGGUUUUCAGAAGAACAACCCGAAAUGCCUGCAAAGAAGCGUCCGCGUAAUUCCGAGCCCGGAGUUAUCGUGCGUGAUGAGGAGUCUUUAACCGAGUACUUCAAGCCGGCUACUCCAACUUCACAGAAGCGCCGACGUCUCACGGAACGGCAGAAGGAAGUUCUUUCGAGCAAGAAGGAUAAACUCCCGUUCAUCGACGAUGACACCCAACAAACAUCAUCAAAUUCGAUUUCGAUCUUGAAGAAGCGUCUGCCGGCCGAAUAUUUGAUAGACUCCCAACAAGAUUCAGAGAAUUUGUCGCAAAAUGCAAUGGAUGCGUUGCCAAUCAGGGAGGAGGUUGACGAAAAAAGACCGUUGAAGGAUAGUCUAAAUUCUCAAGAGGUGGGUAUUUUAAUUUAUGUUAUCUGAUUUUUAGAUUUUUGUUAUUUUACUUGAUCAAGCUGGUGCUCAAGUUUUUGAUGCUAUUUUUUGGAAUUUCAGAAAGCCAUCGGUCCCACGGACUUCUCAUGCAUUACUGUUGAAAAGAGUCCCUCCAAGUCCCCUCGGCAGCCGCGUUCUCCCUUACGAUUGUCAUGUUCUCCGCGGGUGGAAUCGCCUGCUCGAAAAUCUGUGCCGACAACUCCAAAAGGAGCCCAUUCCAAGAAAAAUACGCCAAAAUCGGAGAGGCGAAAGUCUCCUGCCAGGGUUUUACGACCACGUUCGCCAGCUGGAAAAGUUAUUGGGGAAGAAAAUGCAUUAUUAACUGAUGAAGAAUCCGAAGGUUCGCUAAGUGAUCGACCCUCUGAAAAGAAGCCAAAGAAGAAGAGGCAGUACAGAAAGAAGAAUGAUGAGGCAAAGGAAACAGAGAAAGGUGAUCAUUUGUUCAAGGAGAAGGUCGAUGAUGAAAAGAAACGAUCGGACGAUGAGGCCAAGAGGAUCAGAAAAGAGAGGAUUCAGGCGAUGUUGGGGAAGAAUAAGGAAUGUGAAAAGGUAAGGGUUCCUUUUUGUUUGGAUUUGGUUUUUAGGCGGCGAAUUCUCCAACGCCUUUGGUUAAAACGAAGUCAUCAAGCAAUAUGGGGCUGGUUCUUCCCCAAAUUGUGAAGAAAAUCGAAGAGAAUGGAGCUAAAAUGGAAGAAACGAAUGGGAAUGAGGCUGUUGAAGAGAAGAAAGUGAAGGAAACUAGUGAAAAUAAGGAUGAUUUAGCUCCGAAGGCGACGGAGAAUCAAGACGAAAAAAAGAAAAAUGAGGAUGUUUGUGAAAAGGUUGAUGAACCACAAAAAGAAUCGGCAGUUUUGAUCGAAAAGGUAGCGAAAGAGGAAAAGACGGAAGACCCUGUCGAAUCAAAAGAAGAGAAGGAAGAAUUGAAUAAAAGAGACGAAUCUCAGGAGUCGGUGAUCAUAGUGGAUGAAGUUUUGAAGACUCCACCGAAAUCCGCGGGCCCUCCGAAAGUCGAAGGGACGCCUCAGAGCAUCUUGAGAAAAGACGAAACUCCCAAAAGCCAUCGAUCCGAACGAAGGGUAACCUUCAGUGCCGAAAGCGAUCGAAGGUUUAGACCAGUAAGGUUUUUUUGUGUUUAUGUUGUCCAAGGGGGAUCAGGCAGACUUGGAUCUCUCUUUAUUGGGCGUGUAAUUUUUUUGCAAUCUUUCAACUUAAAAAAUGUAGCUCUGGUUUUUCGAGCGUGCAAAUUUUUGUCAAAGUACCCCUCGGGUUCUUGGAACUAAAGGGUUUUCAUUUGAGGAUCUGGCAAAGCCAAUGGAAAACCUCAAAUAUCAAAAAAAAAAUCCCCGAGUUGAAAUUAUGAUAAAAAAUUGGCUACCCUUCAUUUGGGGCAGAUCUUGUAUCGGGCCAAUAUUUAUAUCCUAUGUUGCAAAAUUCGUUGACUAGCUCGCCAAGGGGGUUACUCUGUGUUCACAACGGAGGGUAGGUUGCUCGUGACCAAACUCGCGACAUAGGUCGUGACCGCGGUGAAGGAGGUUGUUCAAAUUUACUUGAAAUGGUCUCAAUGCUUGACUAUGAUGUGCAGGACACUUUUGUUUAUGUCAGCUCGAUUUUUGGCACUUCAGUUGCGUCAGGUCAGAACCACACUGACUACGGUCACAAUCUAGAUCGUGAGCUUGAUGAAGACCUGACCUAAAGAAAGUGUCUUGACCAUGAUAGUCAAGCAUUCAGACCGUUGUCGGGUAAUUUUGGGCAACCCCCUUGACCUUGGUCACGACCUAGGUCGCGAGCUUGGUCAUGAUCGACCUAUCCAACGGUUUGAACACAGAGUAACCCCCUAGGCUAGCUAGUCAACCAAUUUUACAACAUUGGAUAAAAAAUAAAAAAAAUAAAUAUUGGUCCGAUACCCAAUCUGUCCCAAAUGAAGGGUAGCCAAUUUUUUGUCACAAUUUCACUUCAGGGAUUUUUUUGAAAUUUGAGGUUUUCAAUUGGCCUGCCAAAUCGUCAAAUGGAAAUCCUUUAAUUCCAAGAGCCCUGAGGGUGUUUUGGCAAAAAUUGCACGCUCGAAAAAUCAGAGCAAGAUUUUUUAAGCGGCUAUCAAAACAAUUUUCUCCGGUUCCUCUGGUCCACCUUGUUCUACAUGAUUUUUUGAUGCAUAUAAAAGACAUAACAUUUUUUGAGUGAAAGUUCAAUUUUCAGCGCAAAGUCCCAGCCGCCGACUGUAUCGCGCCGGAUUUGGUGUUUUGCAAUGAAUCCAUCACUUCGAUGUGCAUGAGAUUGGCUCCCAAGAAGCAAGGGAUACGUCUGGAUAAUGUGUUGAAAAGAAAAAGCAUUUGGACGAUUGGGGAUUUCGCUGGACUGUCCCCAUCGGUGAUCAAACAAGUUCCAUUCAUCAAGGAGCCGAAGCUGGAGAAUGUGCACAAUUUUUUGACGUCCUAUAAACCGGUGAGCUAUAUUUUUUGUUUUUUUUUCGUUGACCGUUGAGUACUUUGUGGAGAUUUUGUUUCAAGUUCUUAUUUUCAGUCGACAAGCAGCUCUUCCCAAGAGAAACCACCUGUACAGAGCACCCCCAGAGCAGAGGAAAUGUCUCCGGCGAAGAGCGACAUUAGCUAUGCCUCUACGCUGAAUGAAACACCGAUCAAAAAGAGGAACACCUUGAGUUUUGAAGAUACCACAAAGUCGACGAAAUCAAUUGAAAAACAACUGGACUCGGAGACAAAGACGGUUGAAGAAAGUAGAAGUGAGGAAAUCAUCGAGAAGCCGGAGUCUCAAGAGAUGGAAGUGGAAUCAGUUGAGAAGGAGAAGGUAAAUGAAGAUAAAGUGGAAGAAAUUGAUGAAGCUGUGGAGAAUGUGGAGAAACCAGAGUCGCAGGAGAUCCCACCGAGCCCGGAAGAUCAGGCUAAACUUACUGAAGGGGAUUGCCACACUCCGGUGAAAGCAAAUAAUACUUCAAAAAGGAUCUGCACCCCAAUGCCUUCGAGGUCAGUGCUGGCUAUGUUGAGCACGGCUGACGAUGACUUUUAUGAUGAUUCGAUCCUAGAAGGCUUUGAAAUGCCAAAAGAGAGCGAGAAGAAGAGUGAGAAGGAUCAAGAUCUAUGUGAGGCGAUUUUUUGAGAAUUUUUGUGUUGUUUGAAAAAGGAAAAUACUUCUAUUGGGUAUGGAGUUACAGGUCGAGACAUAUCGAAAAAAAAUCUGAAGGGUUUUCUGAUUCAGGAUAUGUAAAAGUUCGCUGCCCAAUUUUUGUUUGUAAGAGUGAAAAAAUCCUCGGAACUUUUCUCGCAACACCACGCAAAUGCCCCUUUUUUACAUUUGAACUACUAUAUUAAGGUAUAAGGUUAAUCAAAUCGGAUAUUUUAAGGCUUGUCAAGACGCCAGUGUUUGUUUUAGCUCAAAACAAAACUUUUGAAUUGGUAAAAACUUGGUCUAAAAGGCAUUUGCGUUGUAUAGUAUUGCGAGAAAAGUUCAUAGGAUUUUUUCACCCUUACAACCCCAAAUUUGGAAGCUAAUUUUUACACAUUCUGAAUUAGAAAAGUUUUGCGAUUUUUUUGGUAUAUGUCUCGACCUUUAACUCCAUACCCCAUAGAAGGACUUUGCUUGUGAAAUUUUUUUGAUGAUUUUAAAGCUUUAGCGUGAAUUCCUUGUCAUUGAAAUUAAUUGCUCUCGUAUUUCAGCCAACAAAGAUACCAAACAAGAGCUGGAGAAAAUCAACGAAAAAUUGGAUCGUCUUUUGGAGAUUCAACCCAAAAAAGGAGACGUGGAUCUAAACCAGAUGGACGCCAUCUCCAUUGUGAACCAUCUACACGCCAAGUUCCUCGAAUUCGACCCACCCCCAAGCCGCGAAUGCAACCUAUUGUCGGCCGCUCUCUGCCAAUUCAUGAACACCUUGUGUCAAAGACAAUUGCUGAACAAUGCAAAGUAG